AGAAUAGCUAUACGCUCGAUAGAAUCUUGCAUCGCGACACAGAGAAAACCACAUAGGAAACCCCGAAUGUCCCCUUUACUACUAGUUCUGUGUUUUGUGGCUAGUACAGCAGCAGCAGCAUGCCCGUAUGGGUACUUUAAGGACGACGUGUCCUUUGAGUGUUUCCCGUGCUCAUCCGUGUGCAAGCAAGGAGACCAUCUUUACCCACGCUGUAAGGAUCAAUGCGAUAAAGUGACUAUAGCUCCAGGCUCAAAAACAACAGCCGCGACCCUUCAAACAACCCAGGCCACAACCCCAGCGACAACGCCAGACAAUCGACAAUAUUUGUCACGCAGUCCUGACGCGUCACGCAGGACCGACACACGGCGCAUUGACGAAGAUGAAAUCGUAACAACUGCAGUACUUGCCUCUAUUUUUGGUGUCAAAAGGAUGGUUGUCAUGGUUGCGACGGCUGUGUGGUGCUGUCGAAAAAGGAGAAAGAACAACCACCGGUCUUACACAGAAAGCAUCAGGAGUAAAAAAGAAAACUUUUUCUGCUAUCUGCAUGCCUCAUUGGGUGGUAGAAUGCUUUUUUGGCUUACCAGAUCUUGAUGGCACGUGAUUAUUGUUUCAAAGGCUUCCUAUGUGAUACACUCGGUUGCAAGAAACGGCCCAACAAGCCAGUUACAUGCACCGAUGACACUGAUGACUCACCGGAUGAGACCAUGGUUUGAGACCAUCCUACAUGCAGGGGUAGAGGUCAGAGAAACAACUCAAACAUGUGACGAAAUCCACUGUAGUUGUAGACUAGAGAAUAGUAUUUUGACCAUCUCGAUCGCACGGGGAUUAGAGGCUAGAGAAACAUAUCAAACUUAGUCCAAGGCAAGAGCAGCAACACAAGUAGUAAAAGUUUAGAUGAGGAAAUCUUUAAUCUUUAGAUGCAAGGUGUAGAUGUGGUUAUGUUUAGAUAUGAGAUAAGAUGAGCGUAAACGUAAAAAAACAGAAUUUGCACAGUAUUCACUGGCUAUUCCGCAGCAAUUCUUUAUUAUACUUACACGGAUAAUCAAACCAUUUAUUCGAUAGUGAUGGGGAGUGAACAUCCGCUGUGAUUUAAGACUUGCAAAAGAAAAAAAAGAAGAAGAACGGACCAUGCGCGUACCAAGGGGAGUGUGCAGGGGCCAAAAAGUGGGUAAUUUCUUAUUGAAGUAGCGCCCCCUCCCCCCCACCCCCCCCCCACCCCAGACCCCAACAGCAAAUCCUUGGCUCGCGCCUGAGUAAGGACCACAGGGUAACUUUACAAAUGUUACCUAAAAAUAAUUUUUGAUUGAUGACAUGGGAUUUUUCCCUUUUAAUGGAAUAAGAUAAAUAUUUCAAAGCCAAACAAGUAUUUAGAAAGGUGACACUUCACAGAGGUUAUUUAAAUCCAUUACAGCGAGUAUAUAAAUAUCACAGUGAGUACACACAUCUUGCUGAUUUGAGCCGGGUGUCCAACUUGUCGAGUGUUCUUUUAUUUAUACAUUUUCAAAUUAUAACGAUAUGAGAUAUCUAACGAUUUGUAUGUAUAAUACAUACAUUUUCCACCCCAGGCUAUGAGAUAUUUCAUUGAUUUGUAUGUAAUCUAUCGUUCCUAUUGCUCUACAAUAAAACAGCGUGUUUAAUAUGA